AUGAUCCAAGGAGCGUACUUGCCAGAAGGUACGUACUUUCAACACGCAGAAUUUCUGCUCAACGUCUUCCUCGGCGUCGCCUGGAUUCGUCCGACACUCUACGCCCACGCAAUCUACCCGAUUCUUCUGGAAAUGUUCGUCCAAUGCACGACCAUCUUUUUGUCGUGCCGCGGAAUGAGCGGUCAGUUUUUUGAACGGCUAUUGUAGAGUUGCAAAACGUGAUGUGGUCAUGAAAAUUUUUCCGUGAAAUCUUGAGGUCUAGUAGAGUAUUUUUGUAGUUGAUCACUUUUUUCUAGGACCACUUUGAAGAGUACUGUAGCUCCGGGAAGUUGGGACUGAAAUUUAUAGGCUUUUUUAAGCUUCUAACUUUAAAGCGCUACAGUACUCUAGGAACAAGUUGGAUCAAAAAGUUGUCAACUACAAAAGUAAAGGUACAAAUGUGUACAAUAUUUUUGUAAUUGACAACUUUUCCGUACAAUCACUCGCUGAGGUACUGUAGCGCGUUGAAGUUAGGAACACCGAAAAGCUUACGUUUUUCAGUCCCAUCUUCCCGGAGCUACAGUACUCUUCAAUGUGGUCCUGGAAAAAAGUCGUCAACUACAAAAAUACUCUACUAGACCUCAAUAUUUCACGGAAAAAUUUUCAAAACGCUAGCCCGUCUCCGAAGCCCACGAUAUCGCAAUUUUUGCAGAAGUCAAUAAAUGGGGCACCUACCGUACCAAAUACUUUUUCGAGGCCCUCGAAAAAUGGCCGAUGGAGAAGGUGGUGCAGGCGGAGGUUUGCAUGGACAUUAUGAGUAUGUAAAAUAUUUGAAAAACUACAGUAAUCCUCCAAGUUUUCAGUGAAUAUCGUGCUCAUCAAGGCGUUGGAGGAGUUGGAAAAGAAGAACGUUGGGAAAAUGGCUCCGAGAGCUGGAAAACGAGUGGCCAGGAGCUAG